AUGUCAGACAUAUUAACUUCAUUAGGAAUAGCAAAUGCUGUGAGCGAUAUAUUUCAUACCUUGAAAAAAAAUGUUGUAUCACGUGAGGACGAAAUAGAAAGAUUAAAGGCAGAGCUUGAAAAAUGCAGAGAUCAUUUGGAAUUAAAGGAGGAAGCAUUGGUUGUCCAAGAUAAAUCGAAUCAUUCAGUUGGAAGAUACAACUUGAUUCGUCAGGAUGCAACAUCAUUGCAAAAUUCCACUUUGGAUCUUAGAACUUUAAAACGUCAGAAUCUUGCUAAUAUUGCGACAGAGCGUGAUCAAUACCAGAAUCUACUGAAUAAAGAAAAUAGAGAGUACUGGGAAAUUGCUGAAAAUAGGAAAAGGCGAAUUAAUGAUUUAUUAAUGCAAAAUUUUGCAUUACAAUUACUUAAUCAACGAAAAAAUUGGCAAAUUACAGUCUAUAGGAGAAAUAUUCGCAGAUGGACUGUAAGAUAUAAUCAUGAUACUGAAAGAUGGAAGAGAUGUCAUACUGCCUCACAAACUCAAAAUAACAAUUUACAACAGCAAAUUAAUAAUUUACAACAAAAAAUUUUAAUCUUACAAAAUAAUGGACUUUUAAAUCAACAACCAGGAAUGGCAUGGUAUCCACCGCCUAGAUUUAGUGACUCAGCACAUGAAGACGUAGACAAUUUCAUUAAAGAUUUCAGAUUAUAUGUCACAGCCUCUGGAAUGACAACUAACAAUGCUGCUGGAAAACAGAGAGUUUUAGCAUUUUUCGAAUUAUGUUUAACCGGAAAGGCUGCAGAUUGCAAUAUUGCUGCUGAAAUAGCUUUGAAUAAUGCAAAUAUAAUUGCUGCUCAUAUAGCUGCGCCAGAUGGCUCCUACCGUAAUAGGAGCAACUAUUAUUCUGGUACAUGAUGUUCAUACGGAUGAGGACUGGUUUUAUGCUGCAGGUGGUGAACAUAAUGUACCUAAUGGUGUCAUAAAUAACAACAUUGCAAUGGAGAGGUAUUUCCUCCUAUAUGUAAGGCUAAUUAUCAUUUAUCACCUCUAUCUAGUAGCACGAUUUAAACGCGUACAUAAUAAUAAGGAGAAAUGCGUUGCUAUUGCCUAUUUGAGCGUGAAGAAAAAAUUGUUAAAAUAAACGUUUCUGAACUUUUUAAUUAAUAUUUUUGUGCUAUUUUUUUUGUCCAAGAUAAAUGUUACACAAACUAAUAACAUUCGCUAAAAUUUUAAUCGUACACCCCUGGUUCAAUCAUUGAUAUUUUAUUUUACAAUAAUUUUCAUUGUGAAAUGAUGCAUAACUGCGUCAUAUGUUUGAUUUAUUUUUUAAGAUAAGAAAUCAUAUAUAAAAGCAAAAAAACGUAUUUAUC